AUGUGGCAAAAUAUGACAGCACACCAAAAUGACACCCUCUCUAUUGAAGUUUCAGACUUUCUCUUGAAUUGUUUUGUCAGAUCCACCAGCUGGCAGCACUGGUUGUCCCUGCCCCUCAGUCUCCUCUUCCUCUUGGCCCUGGGGGCCAAUGCUACCCUCCUCAUUACCAUCUGGCUGGAGGCCUCUCUGCAUGAGCCCAUGUACUACCUGCUCAGCCUUCUCUCCCUGCUAGAUAUUGUGCUCUGCCUCACUGUCAUUCCCAAGGUUCUGGCCAUCUUCUGGUUUGACCUCCGGACCAUCAACUUCACUGCCUGCUUUCUCCAGAUGUACAUCAUGAAUUGCUUUCUAGCCAUGGAAUCCUGCACAUUUAUGGUCAUGGCCUAUGAUCGUUAUAUAGCUAUCUGCCACCCACUGAGGUAUCCAUCAAUCAUCACUGACAAAUUUAUAGUCAAGGCUGCCAUUUUUAUUUUGGCAAGGAAUGUCUUUAUGACUAUGCCCAUCCCCAUUCUCUCAGCACGACUUUAUUAUUGUGGGAAAAAUGUCAUUGAGAACUGCAUCUGUGCCAACAUGUCUGUCUCCAGGCUCUCCUGUGACAAUGUCAUUAUCAAUCGCCUCUACCAAUUUGCUGGAGGCUGGACUUUACUAGGAUCUGAUCUCAUCCUCAUCUUCCUCUCCUACACUCUCAUACUGCGAGCUGUGAUGAGACUCAAGGCAGAGAGUGCUGUGACCAAGGCCCUAAGCACAUGUGGCUCCCACUUCAUCCUUAUUCUCUUCUUCAGCACCAUCCUUCUGGUUUUUGUCCUCACGCAUGUGACUAAGAAGAAGGUAUCUCCUGAUGUGCCAGUCUUGCUAAAUAUUCUCCACCAUGUAAUCCCUGCAGCCCUUAAUCCCAUUGUUUAUGGAGUGAGAACCCAAGAGAUUAAGCAGGGAAUCCAAAGAUUAUUGAAGAAAGGGUUGUAA